AUGAUUUCAUUGUUGUUUGUAAUCAUUGGUCUUGUUAACGGACAAGACGUAACACCAACUGAUACAAUAGCACCACCAUCUCAAACAACUGAUGAAACAACAGUAACAACUGAUAAUUCAUCAGACGGACUACAACAGAUAACAGCUCAAUCGAUAGUAGCUGCAUAUAUUUCUUAUCUUAUUCUUAUUGAGGCACAACCACAGUCAGGUUACACGUCAGAACCAUCGAAGAAUUCAUUAAUAAUUUUAUUAGUUUCCUUAGCUAUUGGAUUCAUAGUUGGGAUGUUAUUAAUAUGGUGUGCAACGGUUGCUAUUUGGUUAUUGGGAUUAGUUUCUGGUUGGGCGUUGGCCAAUUUUAUACUUGCAUUAGCUGAUGGUGGAUUGAUUAAGCAUGAUAUUGGUAGAAUUGUGUUUAUUGUAACGUUGGCCACUCUGGGACUUAUUUUGACAUGUAUAUACGAGGAUGUUAUAAUUACUUUGGGUACAUCGUUUAUUGGUGCUUAUGCAAUGAUUCUUGGUAUUGACAUAUUUGUCAAUACAGGUUUUCUCUUGUCAACUAGAGCAUUUUUGGAUAAGACUCCUUAUGCCACAAAUCAAAAAGUUUAUUUGAUGAUGGGUGGAUUGGUUGGGCUUUUUAUUGUUGGAUUAUUGGUACAAUUUAAAUUUCAUAGAAAUAUUAAAUUUGGACCUCGACGUGUUAAAGGAUAUGAUAGAUCUGUCGAGGACGAUCAUACUCCGGUUACAAAGAAAUCAGGGUAUGCUAGUUUACUUUCCAAAAAAUAA